AUGAAGUUAUGGAAAGGUGCUACUUUUGCCUUCAUGCUCUGUGGCGCAGCCCUGUCCAUCCUCCUCGUUAGAAACAUGGCCACUAUCGGACAGUUCAAACCCAAAACAAUAUAUCUGUAUACUGCCUCAUCAAGAUCCUCAUCAUCAGAAUCAACGUCCAAGACCUCACCGCCAUCAUCCUCAGCACCCUCAUCAGCAGACGCAGCAGAGUCGUCAGCGUUGUCCCGGCAGACGGGUGGUCCUCAUCGGAGACCACGCUCAACAGAAGACAUGAACUCUCUCCUCUCAGAGUUUUCCAUGAUGUUCCAGAGCUUCACGGAGGGCGAGCUUCAGCACGUGGUCGGGACCUUGCUCGACAGGAAAAGAAGGAAGAGCCGGCGUGGUGAGAACCAGGCCCGAAGGACUAAGAGAGCCCGGAGGCCUAAGCCCUGCUCUGUGAGGGAGCUGGAGCUGACCGUGAGCGAACUGGGUCUCGGCUAUGAGAGCGACGAGACGGUGCUGCUGCGCUACUGCAGCGGCAAGUGCACGGCCCACCGGCACAACUACGACAUCACCAUGGAGCACAUGAUGCGGGCGGGCUUCAGGAAGAAGGGCCGCAAGGACAAGGUUAGCAAUGGCCCCUGCUGCCGACCCACAGCUUUCGAAAAGGACUUUUCCUUCCUGGACAACAAGAGCCGCUAUCACACGAUACAAAAUGUGUCGGCGAAGAACUGUGGGUGUGUAUGACCCAGAGAAAUGGACUUCUUCAUGCUGCUCUCGACCUCUGCUGGAAGAGUUGAACAUGAAUGCUGUUAGGGGGCAACUUUGGAAUAUAAACUCAAGGAAAAGAGGAAAACAUGGGAAUACGGCUGCUGUACGGCGGCCUUUUUUCGACUGAGUUGACUUGAGUUGUCGAAACAAAUUCUAACCGAAUCACACGGACAGCGAAUGCUGUGUUUCGGGGUUCCAUGUAAGGACACACAGAUAAUGACUGUUCAUACCGAAAAACGUUUUUAUUAUCUUUUGUAUCUGUCUAGUAACACUGUAAACUGUGGUGCGACAACAAUGUAGCAACGUUAUGUUUGUGAUAUUACAGUUGAGUGGUAGUACAUGCGAUAGAUGAGCUAUGAGCCAUGAGGGACUAGAUUGUUGCUGUUACUACACUUCAUAUCCAUGGGCGUUCACUUCACUAAAUCCCAAUCUUCUAGUUUACACAAUAAUAAUGGUGACAGUAAAUCCAGCCCAGUCACCAGAAAAAAAUGUCAGCAUUAUGUGUUCCUGCAAACCACAGAUACACUGAUCAAUAUGAUAUAUUUAACUGGUUCGUACAAGUCUUAAAAGUUU